AUGACGGAGAGGCUUGCGGAGAAGGAAAAGUGUGAUGUUCUGCUCUUUCCAGCCCUUGACAGAGGAAGAACACAGAGCUGUUGGAGAGGGUGCAGAGGAGGCCACAAAGAUGAUCCAAGGGCUGGAGCACCUCCCGCACAGCAGCAAAUAGCAGUUCAAGGGCAACAGGUAGCACAAGCCACUGAGGGCCAGACCAUAGUCUAUCAGCCAGUUAACACUGAUGGAACCAUUCUGCAACAAGUUACAGUCCCUGUUACAGGCAUGAUCACCAUUCCUGCAGCCAGCCUGGCUGGAGCCCAAAUUGUCCAGACAGGAGCCAACACCAAUACAACCAGUAGCGGUCAAGGGACCGUCACAGUGACGCUGCCAGUUGCUGGGAAUGUUGUCAAUUCAGGUGGAAUGGUUAUGAUAGUUCCUAGAGCUGGAUUGGUCCCUGCUCUCCGGAGAAUACCCUUGCCUGGAGUAGAAAUGCUGGGAGAAGAGCCCAUCUAUGUAAACGCCAAGCAGUAUUAUCGGAUCCUGAAGAGGAGGCAGGCACGGGCUAAGCUGGAAGCGGAGGGAAAGCUUCCUGUAAAAAGAAGGAAAUAUUUGUAUGAAUCCCGGCAUCGUCAUGCCAUGGCCAGAAAGCGGGGAGAAGGUGGACGUUUCUUUUCACCGAAGGAGAAAGACAGCCCUCACAUGCAGGAUCCAGCUCAGAAGAAGCCAUGACACAGAUGAUCAGAGUCUCCUAACCACUUUUUAAAGAGAAAAGGUAACUGGAUAAAAUUUCCAUCCCUUCUGCAAGUCUGUCCUACCUUCCCAGUGCAUCAAUUGAGUCUUUCAAUUCGACAAUCAUUGUGUCACAGCCUACCCUUUCUACAGAACAACCACCACGUUUUCAGUACGUGGUUGAGGUUUUCACUGCAGUUGACUCAACAAAUAGGAACUUAGCUGGCUUCUGGCUAAGUGACUCAACAAAACAUAUCUUUAACUCCGUAGCUUGUUACAGAUUUCAAACUUAUUCCCUUCUUACUGAUUUGAAAUUCGGCGGUGGAAGCAAUUGUUCAUAAGCGUUUGAACAGGAGAUACUUGAAUCUCCCCAUGCCCAACUCCUCCCAUCUUGAAUGCAUUUUACAGGCUCUCCGUGUGUCGCCUGCACGCGGUAGUCCCAUCCCUUCCACUUUUUGUGUUCUGUAAAGCAUAAAACUGCAUCCCAGCAAUUAAGCGUGGGAUUGGAAAUAUGGCAUCGUCAUUGAGGGAAGUGCUAAAGUAGCAGAGGAUGGGGUGUAUUUGAAGAAGGCAUUCAAGGAUAGGAGAGACAGGUUUAAUUUCAGUGGAGUCUGUUUUCAAGUGAUAAAAAAGAAAAUGCAUCUUGAAAUAUGCAAUCUGUAUUAUCUCUCUCCCGUGUUUUUCCCGUUUGUUGAAAGGUUAUGACUAAAUGCAACAAGGAGGACAAAUGAGCAAGUUAUAGAAGACUGGGAGGAUACAAAAAGACAGAGCCUUGAAAAUUGAGUUUGCUUUGGCUAAAAGAGACCAAUAUUGCACCUAGGAGUAUGAGACGAUGGGACGGAAUGCAAGAGGAUAGAGCAGAAAGGUGCAGUGCUAGAGUCUCCAUUGGCAGCGGAUAAUCUUGGAGGAAGAGCACGCCUGCCUGCAUACGAAGGGUGACAGUGUUUAGCUGAGCUGUCCGUGGAGGUGCGUAGCCAGUGAAAGAGCAAAGCAGCAGCACAGGUUUGGUAUUAGUAGUUAGGCAGCUGGCUUUUCUAAAUGCAGUUCAGUUCAUGUUUCUGAAUGUUUAGUUCCAUGUCUUUCCCCUUAGACAGCUGACGUGGUGAGCUGAGGGAGAAACGGUUCUGAUCCAUUGUAGUGGAAUGUGGUUUAAGACCUAUGGAUUUGUUAUGUAGGAAGUUUUCCUGUUGCCACUUUAAAUAGGAUGUGAAAGCUGGAGUGUUGCUGUUUGUGUUUUUUGUUUGCUCUGGGUUCUGUGUGUUCACUUCUAAAGGCUCUGUUUGCUUGUUGGGAUUGGAGUCACCAGCCACACUGUGUUAAAAAAAUCUGCUUUUUUUGUCCUGGGUAAAUCUGUUAAAUUGAGACGUCCUCAAAUUCAAACCUGUAGAAAUUAAAUUAGCGAAAACUCCACUUGGGGAGUGCAUAAAAGAGUGGAUGAGGAUAACAGAGAGGCUUGGGUAGGAGGAAAUAUGUGGUUGAUUGACCCAGAGCACCCUGGAGCACUGAACAGAUCGAAAUCCAUUACGAGUGUAGGGAAGGGGAUAUGGGAAAUGCUGCUCCAGUGAUGCAAAAUAGUUUCAAAGCCUUCCAUUGUAAAAAGAGCAGGAGAAGAAAAACUUUUCUUUGUGAACGGCUGUGGGAGGGUACCAAGAGUAACGUCGUGUCA